CACCCCAUCCUCCCCCUCCCCCCAAACAAUCCAAGCCAAACCAAACACUGGCCACGAAUCAGGCACAAACUACCAGGAUUUACGCUCUGCUUCCUUUUUUUUUUUCCCCUCUCGUUCUCAUUUGGCUGGAGGAGGGGUAGUGCCCUAGGAACAGGGAAAUCGAGAAACAGCAGGCAAAUAUACUUCCUUUUGCGGUGGAAAGGGUUCGGGGGUGACUGUAUCGGUUACCUGCGCACCGCCCCCCUCCCCGCCCCCUCUAAGCCCUGGGCGGAGAGCGAUCCGGUCUCCAGGGCCUACCCGGGUGUAGUUCGCGGAGCUAUCCUCCGCCAGGGUUAAGGAAACUGUCCCUGCCCCCUGGCAGAGCUGCUGAGCGGGUCUGGUCGUCUAGGCGUCAGCAGCGAGCCCGGCCCGACCACGUCCCUCUCCGGCAGCCCUGCUCUCCGGUUCAAUGGCCGCCGCUUUGAGCCUGUUAGCCGUUGGGGCCCGAGGGCCCAGCCGCCUACUGCGCUGCCGACGGGCUCUGCUCGCCGCCCGCUCCUGCAGCUCGGGAGCGGCCGCGGCCAGGCAGCCUCAGUCGGAACAGCAGCUCACCAUUUGCCGGCAGCUGGAUGGCAUCAGGACCAUUAUCUUGAAUAAUCCAAAGAAAAGAAAUGCUCUGUCCUUACGGAUGCUGAAAUCUCUCCACAAUGACAUUCUCCAUGAUGCUGAAAGCAAAGAUCUAAGAGUCAUUAUCAUUUCAGCUGAAGGGCCUGUAUUUUCCUCUGGCCAUGAUUUAAAGGAAUUAACUGAUGAGCAAAGCCAGGAUUACCAUGCUGAAGUAUUUCAGACGUGUGCUGAGGUCAUGAUGCUCAUCCAGAAACACCCCGUCCCAGUCAUUGCCAAAGUGAACGGUUUAGCUACUGCUGCAGGUUGUCAGCUGGUUGCAAGUUGUGACAUUGCCCUGGCAAGUGAAAAAUCUCAUUUUGGCACUCCUGGUGUGAACAUUGGACUCUUCUGCUCCACUCCAGCCGUUGCCCUAGGGAGAGCAGUUCCUAGAAAGGUUGCCUCAAAAAUGCUGUUUACUGGAGAGCCCAUCACGGCCCAGGAAGCGUUGCUUCACGGGCUGCUCAGCAAAGUGGUUUCAGAAGACAAGCUGGACGAGGAGACCAUGAAAAUAGCCCAAAAGAUCUGCACGCUCAGCCGGCCUGUCGUGGCAAUGGGCAAGGCCACCUUCUACAAGCAGCUGACGCAGGACCUCCAGGCCGCCUACCAGCUCACCUGCCAAGCUAUGGUGGACAACUUGGCCACUCAGGAUGGGCAGGAGGGAAUCACAGCUUUUAUCCAGAAGCGCAAGCCUGUAUGGUCACACUCUUGGCCAGAGCUACUGGAGGUAUCUACAAGAAAUGAAGGCAGCCCAGGAAAGCCCAAGCCUCCCCAGAUGGUUAGAUAAUUAUACCGUGGGGAACAGGGGGGAUUACAGUGUCUUAUGUGUAAACUUAUGGGUUUGAUUUCAGUGCUGGGGCCUUAGAAUUUCCACUGUGGAGUCCUCUUCUCUUCCCACCCCAACAAUGCCUCAUUGUCCUUUGAGACCAAGGACUUGGUUGAAAAUGGUGAAAUUUGAAAUUUCCAAGUUGGAAUUAGCCUGGCUGCAAUUUGUUUCAUUUUAAAGAUUCUAAUUCCAUGAGAUAUGACAUACAAAUAGAUAAUAAAAAUGAAACAUUAUUUAGAAUAGUAAAAUGUGAUGAAAGCUUAUUGAAUAUCUACUCCUUCUACAAAGUAUGGGCUUUGGGACAGCUAGGUGGCGCAGUGGAUAGAGCACCGGCCCUGGAGUCAGGAGGACCUGAGGUCAAAUCUGGCCUCAGACACUUGACACUUACUAGCUGUGUGACCCUGGGCAAGUCACUUAACCCUCAUUGCCCCACCAAAAAAAAAGAAAGAAAGAAAAUAUGGGCUUUGACAUACUUCAGAGGAACUUGAAUGAGAACAGAAAGGCAUUCAUCUAAGGAAAGGGUGCAAGUCCAUUUUUUUUUAAAAGAAAGCUGUCUAAUCCUGUUGUGGUCCUCGAAGGCUGAGUUGACUCUAGGCAUCUUCAGAUGUGAAGUAAAGUGAAACAGGUGGAUGAUGUCCCUGAGAUAAGAUGCUAGAAGUGCUGGAAAUCACAUUGAAGAUUUCUGUCAUUCCCCUGAUCCCUCCCUCUUCUCCCAGUAUAUCUCCCCCAGGUUUCAAGUUUAAAAUGCAACAGGCACGUGAGCUUUAAAAUCUAAUAAAAAUAUUAAAAGAA